UGCUCUUCUUUUCUUCUCCCCUGCACCCGACCAGCCCCCCCUCAAGCUGCCGAUAGUUUCCCUUGGGAAACUCGGCAAAAAGCUUGAAUUUCUCUUCUUUUCUUGUUAAACCACGAGAUUUGGGGCUUAGAAUCUUCCCUCUCAACCCAAAAAUCCCGGAUCUGCUAUGCUCCUUCCUCCCUUGUCCGUCGGGCUCUGCUAGGUGUGGAUCCUUCGGCUUUUCUGAACCGUGAGUUUCCCCCCCUGCACUGCCGCCGGUCUUCCCCCAACUGCAGCUCCAGUUUUUGGCUGGAUUUCUUGGUAUGUGACAGCUGUAUUUAAGUCCAAAUUACCGUUAAAUUGCUACCCUGUGAUGUCCAAAAUUCUGUAGAAAAUGGGGGAGGAAUUCCGGUAGCUUUAGGACAAAAUUUAAGCAUUAAUUCAAGUGAAAAUUUUGUGAUUGAGUGCUAAUUGAUUGCUGUGAUGUUUUGUGUGAAAAUCCCGUGUGUGUGAGUUGUGGUUUGCCAAAGCUAUGCCCUCCAUGUGCUGCCCGUGAGGUUGGGGAAAUUUUGGUAGCUUUAAGCUAUGUUUUAAGUGUGGUUUAAGUAGAAAAUUAGCUUGUUAUGAUUGUUGUUGUGAUUUUGGAGAAAAAUCCCGUGAGAUUAGUUACUGUUUCGCCAAUUUCGGAAGUUGAAGUUACUGUUCACGAGGUAUUGUUCACGGGGAACUGUUCACGGGCACUGUUCACACACGGAGGGUCAACGAUUAACAGGGAUUUAAAUGAUUAGUUUGUGAUAUAAGAAUAAAUGUAGAGAUUGAUAGAAAUAGCACUGUGACUAGGGGAAGUGCUAAAGAUGAUUUCACUGUAAAAUUGUGGUGGUAUGGUUAUUAAUUGUGGAAUAUUGUGAUUAGGUUUUGAUCGUUCUGUCACUGUAGCACUUGGGUUAGCCUUCUGUUCUAUGCGAGUAAGGUAAGUAAAUUAUGGUAAAGCCCUUCGAUUUUAAAGCAUGUUUUAAACUAUUUUUGAGAUGGUGGCAAGGUUUAAAGUAAUUUUAAAUUGAUUUUAUCAGCAUCUGAAUGUGAUUAAACUAAAAUGGAAACUGUGAUGGUUUUUAUGAGAAUUUCACUGUUUUUUUCUGGAAUUGAGCAUGAUUGGGGUGAAAAUGGGAAUUUCAUUGUUUUCUGGAAUUGAGCAUGAUUGAAAUGAAAAGUGAGAAUUUCAUUGUUUUUCUGGAGUUAUUGCACCGAGCAUGAUUGGUUUGAAAUGAAAUUGUUUUCAUUGGUAUUGAGUAGAGCAUGCCUAUUUGGAAUUGACUGAACUGUUUUGAUGAACUGAGAGUUUACAAAUUCUGAGUUUUCUGAUAAAUCCAUGCCCACAUGGAUUUUUCUGGUUAUUUCUGAAAUUGGGAUUGAUUGUGAAAUUCGAGUUCUCUGUAAACUCUGCAUGGUUUUGUCUCGGAUAUGGUCAUGAUUACUGAUUACUGUGCCCACUAGUGGGAGGUUUAUAAACGCUAGCACAUGUCGACAUGUUUACUGAUAUGACCGGUCCAUUCUGUAACCCUACCAAUGGGGUUAAACAUUGGGUAAUUACUGUCGCCUGCCAGUGGGAGUUGUAAACACUGGCACCAUUACUGACGCCUGCCAGUGGGAGUUGUUAAACACUGGCACUUCUGUAACCUUGCCUAUGGGGUUAAACAUUGGCAACUACUGUGCCCGCCAGUGGGAGGUUUAUAAACGCUGGCCAUGACUUAUAGAUGAG